AUGUAUUCAGCAUCACAAAAAAUAUCUUCUGUUUAUGGUAACUGUGAGUUCCAACCCUACCAAGGCCUGCAACCAGAGCUGUUCUUCAAGAUGUCACAUGAGAUCUAUAACUAUGGUGAAGGGUUGAUAGGGAAAGUUGCUGCAGAUCACAGUCACAAAUGGAUAUACAAAGAGCCUAAUGAACAAGAAAUCAACUUCUUGUCAGCGUGGCAUAAUUUGGCUGAUUCACAUCCUAGGACUUGGGAAGCACAGUUCCAAUCUGGAAUAAAGACCAUAGCUCUGAUUGCUGUAAGAGAAGGUGUUGUUCAAUUGGGAGCAGUUCACAAGGUGAUUGAGGACUUGAGCUAUGUGGUUCUACUGAGGAAGAAAUUCAGCUACAUAGAAAGCAUACCAGGAGUUCUUCUACCACACCCUUCAUCUUCUGCAUACCCUUACAAAGUUGAAGGAGUAGUUGGAUAUGGUAACAUCCCAGAACAUGUUAAUCAUCAUCAUCAUCAUUGGCAUCAUCAUUUCCAAGGAACAGUUAUCCCUCCACCAACACCACCAACAACAGCUGAACUCUUCUAUGAUCAUCAUUUCAACAAUGGCAACAGCACCAUGGCAUUGAAGAUUACCCCAUCAAUGAGUAGCCUUGAGGCACUUCUUUCUAAGCUUCCUUCAGUGGUUCCCCCACAAUCACAACAAGAACAAAGGGCGUUGGAGUUGAUGGGGAUUCAGAAAGUUGUAGCAAAAGAGGAGCUUGAUAAUGAUGAAGUUUAUAGGCCUGAGCUUGAUGUUGGUGAGAGUAGCAGUUCCAUGCAUCAAGCCUAUCAUCAUCAUCAUCAUCAACAACAACACCAUUUCCAUCAUCAUAAUAAUAACAAUAAUAAUAAUAAUAAUAAUAAUAAUAAUGUAACUAGUAGUGGAGCCAAUAAUAAUAAUGCAUUCUGAUAUAAUAUAUAUGGUGAUGAGUGUUAUUAGCUAGUGGAAUAUGAAAAAUACUAGUCCUAACCUAUAAUAUAAUGUAGUGAGAGUAUG